AGACCCUUGGCAUCUCGUCUUUCCCUACCGUAUACGCCCACAACCGCAAUUCCCUCCGUUUUCGAAUCUUCGCCCCCAUCGAGGGCGACAUUCCAGGCGCCUCCAUCUGAGAUUCGGUCCGAACUUUGCGCUGGCUAGCUUUUACGCACCCGUGCCAGCAUGAUUCCCACCUUGGCGCGGCUAGCCGGGUCGACCCGACGGGCAAAGAGAGGUCCUGUUGCGGCAUCAGAGCUGUUCAAGCUGUACAACAACCUCUCUCCUCAUUACAACGUUCCAAGUCUCGUCUCCAUCUCUGUCGAAGUGCCAGGUAAAGGAGCGGUCAAUCAUCAGGGAGUUCAAGAUUUUGUCAAGAAACGCUUGCCAGGAAUCGUCUUUGCUAAUCCCAAUGCAAAAUUCGAGGUGAUCAGGAGGGCAAAGGAGGAGCUGACUCAAAGCAAUGAGGAAAGCGCAGCGAAUGAAUCGGAGCAGCUUGAAAUGCGACCUUAUUUGCUCAGAAUCCAACUAUUGAACAAAGACACGAGGGAAGUGCAGCUGCUAAGCCACAUGAGAGGCCAGGAAGUCUGGCACAGCGUUUGCAGCAUUCUGGGCGUGCCGGAGCGGCCACCUCGAGCCGUUGACUCCGCAUCCUUGUUCGGGUCCUCGAGCAGGCCCUCCUCAGAGUACGAAAAGAUGCGCGCGAGGGAAGAGGAAGAAAGGCAAGAAAGGGAAAAUAAAGAGAGAGUCAGAAUUGCUAGAGACGCUGUGGAGGAAGAGGGUAGAAGAUUAGGGCAGCUUCAGGGAGAGUUGUCGAGGGGUCAAGGUGCGGAUAGGUAAAAGAUCGGAGGGCAUUGGGAAAGAGAAGUGCUAUCGUGCUUUGGUGCGAAGCACCACGUCAAGAAGGCCCCGGCCCUCAGCGCUCGUACAUGUGACAACGAUGCGUGCAAGUCAAUCGGCCUGUAAACCCCAACAGUCGAUUUGCGCUGCAAGGGUUCGACGUUUUGUGAGAAAGGCGCGUGUCAAAAGAUCGGUCAUCGGGUCGUCUCGGAGAAAUGGGAGUAACGUGUAGGAAG